AUGCAGGACAGGAGUACAAUGCCAGCAUCUCAAAUCCCUAAUCUUCUCAGUCUUCGCGGAAAAUCUCGUCCUCACAGUCAUGCAAAGCGAAGGACAGGCGCUGGUGAUGCAUCGCAGAAUAAUGAUCUUGAUAUUCAAGGCACAGAUACAGAUGCAGCUGUGUCACGGUUGAGCGCUGUUUCGCUCGGAUACUUAACUGAUCAGUAUGCUUCAUCAUUUGUAAAAGGGCCAAAUAUCAGGAGACUUCCUGUUAUAAACCGCGGCACAGGAACAUACACGCGUACAACUGCUCUUGACACGCUAAUUGAAGCAUUUCUCUCCCCUCAUGAUACAACUCUACCUAAAAAAAGGAAACAAAUUAUUUCUCUAGGCGCCGGAACUGAUACCAGGUAUUUCAGAUUAAGAGAUAAGAAUCAACAUUUAGAACUGAUCUACCACGAAUUUGACUUUCCGUCAGUAUCAAGGAUAAAAAAACAAAUCGUGACAACUAAUUCAGCCUUCCUCCAGCCCUCUGAUUGUGUAUAUUCACCACCUGUGCCAUUUGAAUCUGAAAAUAAAUCCGAAGAAAAUGAGUGGGGAAUUCUACAAGGUGAAGGCACUUUGCAGCAAGUACUUUAUUACUUUCACCCGUUAGAUCUUCGCGAAAUGUCAAAACUGCCAUUCACAAAAGUUUCUGGACUCUGCUCUGAUAUCCCUACGCUAAUAAUAUCUGAAUGUUGUCUUUGCUACAUGGAUAUCAGUCAGUCUAGUAGAGUUAUCAAAUGGUUCAUGGAGAAUAUUCCAUCUAUAGGGAUCAUUCUUUAUGAGCCACUGGGCUCGGAUGACUCAUUUGGGAAGAUGAUGGUCAAGAAUCUUGCGGCCAGGAAUAUCUUCAUGCCUUCCCUUACAUUCUACAAGUCCCUCUCAGACCAGAGAGAGCGACUAUCAGAAUUUGGUUUCAAGGACAACUGCCCAAAAACAGGAUGCAAAGCAGAAACCAUUGAAAAUAUUUGGGAAGAAUGGGUUCCAUUUACUGAAAAGGAAAGGUUACAACAACUAGAAGGCCUUGACGAGGUAGAGGAGUGGCAAAUUCUGGCGAGGCAUUACGCUAUAUCUUGGGGAUGGAAAUGCGAUACGGACGAAUGGAAUUGGGUAAAUUUCAGAGCCAUAGAAAAUAAAAGUCAGUAG